UCAUUAUUUUAUGCGAACUCACGUGUGCAUUCAACGUCAAAAGAGUUUAGCUUUUCUCAAUGGAUUAUAAGCUUUUGUGAGAUUGCCGUUAGAAAUAUCCUGGAAUAAUAAAGUCAAAGGUUGGUCACCGUCUGGUUCAUUUUGGGUAAUACACGGACGAGUUUUAGGUUACUUUCGACAGCGCAAGUGAAGGACUUUUUGGCAAAAAAGAAAAAUUUAUGAGUUUACAAAUUCUGAAGAAACAAGUGCAAGCAUUGAACUUCUGAGGGACUGCAAGUACAUGUACCCGUAACUUUUGAUCGAAGUAUUUCAGGAAAGUGCCCAGUCAUGGACGGAGGCCCAGUUAAAGUCAAACGGAACCCUUAUCUGAGUGCUAAUCCUCUUUCCAAGCUCUUCUUCACCUGGAUAGGAGGGCUAUUUAGUCUCGCCUACAAAGAAAAGAAACUAUCACCCAAAGACCUUGAUAAUGUGCUGCCGUCCGAUGAAUCAGUCCAUUUAGGUGACAGACUAGAAAGGGAGUGGGUAAAGGAACUUCAGAAAGAACGACUUGGGAAGACGGCAAACCUCAAACAUGCGUUGUUUCGGACGUUUGGUUGGUCGUACCUCAUCCUUGGCAUCUUUGCUUUCAUUGAGGAAGCAGUCCGCAUCGCCCAACCGUUUAUCCUGGGUCGUCUUAUUGACUACUUCUCCCCCACCGUAGUCGUCCAGGAAUGGGAGGCGUACGCCUACGCGGCGGGAGUCACCUUGUGUGCUAUCACGCUGACGUUUGUCCACAGCCCGUACUUCUUUGGACUUCAAAGAAUCGCCAUGAAGGUCCGGGUAUCCCUGUGUACGCUGGUCUACCGAAAGAUGCUGCGGCUCGACAACACUUCCAUGCGUCAGUCCUCGAGCGGUCAAGUAAAUAACCUCAUGACAAAUGAUGUCCAAAGGUUUGAUAUGGCUCUGAUCGCCUUGCACUACCUGUGGCUCUCCCCACUUCAAGCCGUCAUAGUCCUAGCCCUCCUCUGGUUAGAGAUCGGUUGGGCCUGCCUCCCUGGAUACGCGGUUCUUAUUCUGCUCCUUCCGAUUCAAGCAGGCAUGAGCAAACUCUUCUCAAAACUCAGGAGAAAGACGGCAGCUCAUACAGACAAGCGAGUGGGAGUGAUGACAGAGAUUAUAAACGCCAUGAGAGUCAUUAAGAUGUACGCUUGGGAACAUCCAUUUGGUGAAUUAGUGCAGAAAAUCAGAAAGGCAGAGAUUCGUAAGAUCAUCCAGGCAUCCUACCCAAUGGGGAUCAAUCUCCUCCUCUCUAUCUAUGGCAACCGUCUCCUGGACGUUUGCAUGAUCAUCACCUACGCCUUCACCGCGACCAACAUCCGCGUCUCGACCGUGUUUGUCGUGGUGACCUACUGUGCGACGCUGCGAGGGUCAUUCUUUCGGUUUUUCUUGCGAGCAAUUCAGAUGCGAUCGGAAUGCCUGGUGUCCAUCAAGAGAAUUCAGAAAUUUUUGCUGCUGAAGGAAAUUUCCCUGCCAUCCGUUGACCCCUCUGAUGGCCCUCAUCAAAACCCAGGAAUUCAUGUGCAAGACUUGGCGGGCUCUUGGGAUGAAAAUUUAGACAACCCUUCACUGAGUAACAUUAACUUUGAUGUCUCCAAGGGAGAACUGUUGGCUGUGAUUGGUCCGGUGGGAUCUGGCAAGUCAUCCCUCCUCAUGGCUCUCCUCAAGGAGCUACCCACAAUCUCCGGCAAGAUAAACAUUGACGGCCGGGUUGCCUACGCCAGCCAGGAACCCUGGAACUUCAGCGGAACCAUCCGGCAAAACAUCACGUUCGGCAAAGAGUUCAAACAGAGGAAAUACGACCGGAUCAUAGAAGUCUGUGCUUUGACCAAGGACAUCCAGGGUUUCCCAAAUGGUGACCUGACCAUCAUCGGUGAACGAGGCGUGACCUUAAGCGGAGGUCAAAAGGCAAGGGUCAACUUGGCCCGCGCGUUGUACGAUGACGCAGACAUCUAUCUGCUGGAUGAUCCGUUGAGCGCUGUCGACAGCGAAGUCGGACGACACAUCUUUGACAAGUGCAUCAUGGAGUACCUGGCCAACAAACCUCGUAUUCUCAUCACCCACCAGUUGCAGUUCCUGAACACGGCCAACAAGAUCUUGGUUCUCAAGGAGGGUCAUAUGGAAGCAGUUGGCCCACUGAGUGAACUCCACAAGAAGGGCAUCGACUUCGCCUCCCUGAUGAAACAAGACGAUGAGGAAGAAGAGGACGAGGAAGAAUUUGAAGACGAUGUAGAGCAUCCUGGUCUAAGGAAACGAGCCAGCACCAAACGCAGCAUCAGGUCACAAAGGAGUGUUAAGGAUGAUAAGCCAUCGCCUGGGGCUGCCAAAGCCUUCAAAGAUGAACAGGCCAAGAAAGGAGACGUCACCGUCAAGGUUUACUACAAGUACUUCAAGUCUGGCGCCAACUGCCUCAUGAUGUUCCUCCUAGUCGUCUUCUUCUUGGGAACCCAGGUUGCAUACAUCUUGGCCGAUCUCUGGCUAGCUUUCUGGACCGAGGAAGAAGAGAAGAGGCAAGCCAUGAAUAUGUCCAUGCUGAACGAAUCACUGAUGCCGGAUAAUGAAGAUGACAUCAGCAGAGGUCUUCUGCAAUUCAACCUGGAUUUCACCACGGCACAGAGCGCUUACAUCUAUGGCGGCUUUGUGGCUCUUCUGUUCCUUCUGGGUAUCAUUCGAUCGAUUCUCUGCUUCAGAAUCAUGAUCAAGUCCUCCCGCAAUCUCCACAACAGGAUGUUCAAAGCCAUCAUUCGGUCACCGAUAUUGUUCUUUGACACCAAUCCUGCAGGGCGCAUCUUGAACCGCUUCACCAAAGAUACCGGUUUGAUGGACGACCAACUGCCUCUGACGUUCUUUGAUUUCCUUCAGAUCUCCCUCCUGAUUCUCAGCACCAUCAUCUUGACCGUCAUCGUCAACCCUUUCGUGUUAAUCCUGCUGGUACCUCUUGCUGUCAUCUUUAUAAUCUUGAGAAGAUAUGCCUUGAUAGCUACGAGGGCCAUCAAACGUCUUGACGGUGUCACUCGCAGUCCUGUCUUCUCCCACAACACCACCUCCUUCCAGGGCCUCAGCACCAUCCGAGCCUACAACAAACAAGCCCAGUUUAUCAAGGACUUCAACCGUCACCAGGACCAGCACUCGGAGGCGUGGUUCGCCUACCUGGCCGCUAACCGCUGGUUUGGACUGAGACUGGACAUGAUCAUGGUCAUCUUCACUGGUGGGGUCACUUUCAUCUCGGUCCCUCUCAAAGGAGCUCUAGAUGCAGGCCUGGUGGCUGUUAUCCUGAGUAACAUUCUCUCGCUAGGCACCAUCUUCCAGUACGUGGUCAGGCAGAGUGCUCUUGUAGAAAACCAGAUGACAUCUGUUGAGAGGACGAUUGAGUACACGAAGCUAAAGCCAGAGGCUCCUCUUACCAACCCCAAGAAGAAACCCCAGCCAACAUGGCCGCAGUUUGGUGCUCUCACCUUCAACGGUCUGUCCCUCAACUACUCAACGGAAGGCCCCAGAGUGCUGAAGAACAUCACCUGCAAUAUCAUGGCCAAGGAGAAGGUUGGUAUUGUCGGUCGGACCGGCGCAGGCAAGAGCUCCCUCAUCACAGCUCUCUUCCGAUUGGCUGAGCCGAGCGGCGUCAUCAUGCUCGACGGCAUCACAACGUCCAACCUGGGUCUACAUGACCUCAGGAAGAAACUGUCAAUCAUUCCACAGGAUCCUGUCCUUUUCACCGGUAGUCUGCGCUACAACCUGGACCCCUUCAACCAGUACUCGGACAUCGAACUCUGGAACGCUCUCGACGAUGUGCAACUGCGUUCAGUCGUCCAGGACUCAGCUGAGAAGCUGAACAUGGGGGUCGGCGAGUCUGGUUCCAACUUCAGCGUUGGUCAGCGUCAGCUGAUCUGCCUUGCACGGGCAGUACUCCGACAAAACAGGGUACUGAUCAUGGAUGAGGCUACAGCAAAUGUGGAUCCAAGGACUGAUGCCUUGAUCCAGAAGACGAUACGAACCAAGUUCCUGAAUUGCACUGUACUCACCAUAGCACACAGGCUUCACACCAUCAUGGACAGCGAUCGUAUCAUGGUCUUGGAUGCUGGUGAGCUUAUUGAGUUCGAUCAGCCUCACACCUUACUCCAGCGAGCAGACAGUAUGCUGAGUAAACUGGUGGAACAAACUGGCAAGGCGGAGUCAUCGGAUCUGAUGGAGGUGGCACGGAAACACUUCAAGAUACGGAGGGUGACUGGAGUGAAUAAUGUCUCCUUCGCUAGCCCAGAGGAACUCACCGUCGAGGGGUACCAGCAACAGCUACAUAACUGGGGAGCAGCAGACUUGUCGACUGGAGCCAAAGCAAUAGAAUCUGUAGGCAUGCAGACGGAGCCAUUUGACUAUCAUACGGUCCUCUUGCCCAAGACGUCGGAGGGCUUUGGGUUUUCCCUGGCCGGGAGUACGGACAAUCCCUACAUGCCAGUGUUUGUGGUCCAGGUCGUAGAGGACUCCCCAGCUAGCUUCCCUUAUGCACUUCAGGUUGGGGAUGAAGUCGUAUCGGUCAACGGUCACGACCGUAGCAAACUGACCUACGUGGACAUCUGCCAAAUGGUCAAGGAGAGCAAGGAGCGUGUCCAGUUAGUGGUCAAGCGACGCUGCAACACCAAAAUGACCACUAUGUCAUUCGGGAAUGAUCAGAAGGGAAAAGGAGAGAGGAGUGAAAAAGAUAGCAAGGAAAUUAAGGCAUCACCCUCCACAAAAAGAAAACCAAGUCCCACCCAGGAAAAUAUGGAACAGGCCAGCGAUGACACGGUCUCCAGUGGAACAUCCUCCAUGGUGUUUGCCAAUGAAGGAUUUGAGGACACUCCACUUGCUGCGAUAGGGGAGUCCCCCGACAAUACCAGUGGAGGGGCAAACUCUGCAGAUGACAUUCAAGUCAGCAUAUCCACGUCUUCCGAUUCUUCCGAAGAGGCUGCCGACACAAAACUGUGAGACCUUUAAAACGUUUCAACUUGUUUUGGUGUCACUGAUUUUUAAGUUAGUUUGUGUUGUACUUUUCUGCCAUAUUUUUGUGGCGCUAAUUUAUAUAAGAUUGGCUGUUCAAUAAGACUCGAUAA